AUGUUCGGUUUGGCUUCGUCCGUCCCUUUCCGAUCGUCCACUCUCUCCUCUCUGUCUCUCAAGAUGUACUCCUCCGCUAUCCGGGCUAGAAUGGCCACCUCUUUCGCUGCCCGUCGUGGCUUCUCCACCACUCGCACCCAGCUUGCCAGCCCCUACCACUACGCUGAGGGUCCUCGCACCAACAUCCCCUUCAACCCCCUGACCAAGCACUUCUUCUGGCGCUACUGGGCUUUCAUGGUUACCGGAUUCGGUGCUCCUUUCGCCAUUGCUGUCUGGCAAACCUACAAGACCAAAUAA